CCGCAAGUCCCGGCGCUGUGUGACUGACCCCCGCCGAACGGCCACCUUUUUUUUUUUCAGGCUUUCUUUCUUUUUGUUUCCUUUUACUCUUACAGCUAUUUAUACUUGAAUACGAAUUCUAUUUAUUGGAGUAUUGCUAUCGGCUCCCAAUUCCCUCAGGACCCUCGACUCGACAACACCAAAUCCUGCUCCGCUGCGAAAUGUCGUCCAGACUCUCUGUCGAAGGCACACCCGCCACCAAGGUCCGGUCGACAGCGUCCACCGCCAGCGUCUUCAACUACCCUCACGGACAUCUCGGCUACCUGAGUCCCCAGCAAGAAGAGGCAUUGACAAACUUCAAGAAUGUUCUCGAGGAGCGCGGCAUUUGGAAGCGCGGGCCUCCCCCAUCACACAAUGACCAGACGCUGCUACGAUACCUUCGCGCUAGACGAUGGAUUGUAGAGGAUGCCUAUGUGCAAUUCAAGGAAUCCGAAGACUGGCGCGCCGCCAACAGCCUCGACGAGCUGUACCGCACCAUUGACAGAGACGCAUACGAGGAGAGCCGCAGAGUGUAUCCCCAGUGGACGGGCCGCCGCGACCGCCGCGGAAUCCCCCUGUACGUCUUUGAGAUCCGCCACCUCGACUCGAAAACCAUCUCAGCCUACGAAAAGUCGCCGCACAAUGCCAAGCUCAAGGGCCUCAAGACAGACGGCCACACCUCCAUCAGCCUGCUGAAGCUGUUUGCGCUCUACGAAAACCUGACCAACUUUGCACACCCGUUCUGCACACAGCUCACAGACCGCGAGUCGGCCGACGUGCCCGUCACCAUGAGCACCAACAUUGUCGAUGUCUCCGGCGUCGGCCUCAAGCAGUUCUGGAACCUCAAGGGCCACAUGCAAGCCGCUUCGCAGCUCGCUACGGCUCACUACCCCGAGACGCUGGACCGCAUCUUCAUCAUUGGCGCGCCCAUGUUCUUCAGCACCGUCUGGGGCUGGAUCAAGCGCUGGUUCGACCCCAUCACCGUCUCCAAGAUUUUUAUUCUAGGCUCCCACGAGGUCAAGCCCGUCCUCGAAAGCUUCAUCGACCCCAAGAACAUCCCGAAAAAGUAUGGCGGCGAGCUCGACUUUACUUGGGGCCAGUUGCCUGUCAACGAUCCCAGCUGGGACGGUGUUGUUGAGUGGGAUAAUGGCUACACGUCGUUCCCUACGGGGCCUUUGCUCUGGGAGGAUGUCGAUGGCGAGGACAAGAUUGCCUGCUACUCUAUGGGAUCCACGGAUGGCCAGCCCCAGCAUGUUAAGGUCUGCACUGUGCCUAGAACCUGGCACCAGCCUGCCGCCGAGACGCCCGCCGAAGCUGUUACUACAACUACGACUACUAAUGGAACAGCCGAUGCUGCCGUCGAGACUGGCGAACAGACGCCCAUGACCUCGGAAGCUACGCAGACAGCGGAUGAGCAGGACGAAGCUACACAGACUGGCGAUGACCUCACCGUAGAGAAGCUCAAGAUUAACGACACAACGACCGAGACUACCACGCCGACCGCAGCCGCUGUCGUCGCCUAAAGAGCCAACUUUUUUUUUUUUUUCACUUCCAGAAACGACUCGCUCCGACGAAUACACACACACUACACCACUUAUACCACAUGCUUUCCUUUUUUGGUCUAUCCUUUUUAACGGCUUUUGCAUAGUAUUUUUUAGACUUUCUUUCCUUCUCGUCGUUCUGGAUCUUUAUCAAAUUUCUCUCUAGAUGCAUACAAAAACGGCAGCAUUGUUGUAGGCCAAGCUUUUAGGAUACAUUCUACUACAAAAAGCAUUUUACAUUAUACAUUUCAUCUUCACCCGUCCAUCUCCUUUUUAUUCUUCUUCGUAAUAAACCCUCUUCGCUUGCGCCACGAAUCCACACCCUUUGCUAUCUCGUCCCACGAGACUCCCGAGUUAAUAAGCUGCAUUGUGACGCCCAGCUUCUCCGUCUCUCGAUUCCUGCUCUCGUCGUCAAAGAAGAGGAUAUCUUCGUAAGGCACGCCCGUCCGCUUAUGUAUAAGCUCCAUAUGUUUAAUCUUGCUGCCCGGGUAGAUCUCCAUGCCGCCCUCAAACGCAUCAAUCGCCUUGCGCGGCUUAUCGCCAUCCCGCUCCGCCGGCAGAUGCAGCAGCUUGAGCAGCUCACGGGCUAGACUGGGUGCGCUGGUACGUGACGCAACGGCCAUUUUGAUCUGGAGCCGCGGGAGCAGCUGUAAUAUCGAGGGGACGUCGCGAUAGAAGCUAAAGUCUUCGCCGUAGCGGUCUGUGGCUGCCGAGUGGUGCGCAUUAGGCUUGAGCGGUGGCGUGACGUGCGUGUCUACCCAAAAGGGCCAGAGUGUGUAGUCGAGGUCGAAGACGAUGAGUUUCGGUAGAGGAAGGGAUUGGUCGAGGAGCGUAGCAGGGAUGGAGGAGGACGAGUUUGGCCGUGAGAAAGGGAUUGGUGUUGCAGGCGUGGGAGGUUGGUCGGCUGCUGCUGCUGCGGCCAGGUUGCCUUUUGACGGCCGUCGAAGCAUUUUUCCUAGAGUCAAUGUUUGUGUAGACGGAGCAAUUGAGUAAUUGGAAAAGACGCGGUUGCGAUUUCGCGGACAAAGACAAGGUCUAGGGGCAGUUUAUGAAGCAAGGGCGUGCGUGUGUGCGUGACAAUGACGUUGUAGGCUAUCUGUAUCGUGUCUUAGUAGUGAGCUGUAGUGGACCGUCCGGCACACGGAGCGCCCUGGAGCUAGGGCUGGGUGGUGGUGGUGGCUGGACCCCUGGAGAUACCCUGUGGCGGUAGCAGCAAUAGCAGACGGAGGCCAAAACGGUACCGAAUUAGGACAUGGUAGAUUCGGCGGAGAAGAGAUAGUGCAAAUUGUACGAUAUAUGAAGCUAUGAUUUAAUUUACGGAAAUAAAAAAAACGUGGUCCCAAGUGAUACCCUGGCUGGAUCGAUCCCUAAAUUAAGGUGACGACACUGGAACGGGAAGGGGAUCAUGCAUACAAAUACAGUAUAAAUUACUGUACCCAUGCUGAGCAGCCAGCGCUGUGCCGUGCCAUUGCUGCGGCGGCUCGCAAGUACAAUGUGCGAAUGCCGCACACUAUGCAGGAAGCCCCCCAAAGCGUUGCAUUCAAUUUUUUGUCACGAGUCACAUGCGAGAUAUUCAGACUGCCUGUUUUUUGAGACACAACUCGUAGAUUUAUUGCUAGCAACUGUUCUAGUUAAAGUGUCGCGGGCCGAACCGAACUGGCCCAGCCCCGAGCAAGUCGCAAGCCAUCCAGCCGCAAGCUAUGCCUUUGUAGAUGCAGGCAUCUUAGUGCUGUAGUCCCAGUGUUAGUGGAUAUGAAGGUCUUUUAUCGCAGGAAGAGUACGUACGCUGCAGCUGUUGCAGUUGCAGGAUCCGGAGCAAGAGCUGCCGCAGUUGCAAGAAGAGCAGGUGCUAUUGGAGAGAAAGACGACAGUCAGUAUAUAUACGAUGGCUAGAUGGAAGAUGGUGGGCCCAUCCAGAUGCGAAGCUUGGAGGAGCUUGCUGGUGGUAGGCUUGGAGGAGCUUACCAGGGAGACAUUUUGAAAGUUUGGGGGGGUUGGAGACGAAAGUCUUGAAAAAUUGGUAUAUAAAAGAGUUGGAGUUGUUGGUUGGAUGAUGAGGAGAGGAAAUCUACAAAGAAAUCGGGCAGCAUAGAGGGGUAUUUAUACCCGCGGGACUACAUCUACAUCUCUACGAGUGGCGGCAGAGCAAGGCAAGGCAAGGCAGCCGUGCGUGCACCACAAUGCCGGAAUGCCACGGACCACGGUUCCAGAAUACAAGGGACCGCCUACAGCGGCUGUUUGAUAACAGACAGCCCAUUCCCAAAUGGCCAGCGUCGGCCAACCAUGGCGUCACGCAGGAAACGCCUCACUUUGGGCGUCUGGGGGGCGGGCCGGGCUCCCAGCAUCAGCGAACGACACAAGGCAAUGUGUCGGCCAAGUCCCCGCACGCUGCUGCAGUUUGCUAAAUUGCAUUUGGUGAGGGGUGGUGCACAAGAAAAUUGAAGAGGGGGGCGGCAUGGAACCACCAAGAUACAAACCCGUAGUACAUCCAGCACAUGGUGGUGCCAGGUACCUGUGAUGUUGCAGAUGUCCCGCAAGGUCGGUGCAUUAGGCCAAAGGAGCACUGCGAACCCCCGCUUUCGUCCGAUGCCACCCCAGCCUAGUACGAAUAAAUGCUUUGACUAGGUUUUUGGGUAAAAAGAAUAAGCGGCUCUGUUUCAGUAUCCCCAAAGCAGCAAUAUCAACGAAGCUAGACCAGCCCCAAGCAGCAAUACCAGCGGCACGAGCAACAGCUAGCCCAGGAUUUGCAUGCUCGGGGCAGUCGAUCUUGUGCCCCGGCCGGGAAAAAAGAUACCCAGCGUCUGCAACAAUAUUUGCAGUGAUCAAAUGUGAUAGUGGCAAAGAGCGUGCCCACCAUGUGAUGCAGGCGCGGGUCCGGCUGACGCCCAAGCUGGGACCUCAUGCGAGGGUAGAUCCGAAGCUAGCGACAGAACAUGCUCCACAGUCAACGUUUACUACGUUGCGUGGCGCUGGUGGGCUGUCGGCGGCGACGGGGGGUCUGAUUUCUGCAGGCUCAUGCCAACUUCGACCAGACAUCCCACUGCGAUGGGCGACGGUGAUGGAGCAGGACAGGCAGCGACGUCAUGAGAAGAGAGGAUGAUGUGCCUGAUGUCCUGUGGCGUAUGUACACUUGUACCAGCAUCCCAGCCGCAACCCACGCCAAGUAGGCAAGCAGGUACGACAGCAAAUACCCAAAGCCGACGUAAUAGAAAUCCGUAGCAAGGUUCAUUGUACCAGGCUGCAGCAGCUGUGAAAAAAAAUCACAAACGACAGGCAGGGGGGCUGGUACAGAAGCGGACAAGACGCCGCGAAUGUACAAUGCUUUGACAGAUGACCAAACCAUUUGACAUCCAUGCCCUUUGAUAGACAGACAGCAAGCUGGCUGAAAGUCUAUAACCGGGCCUGGGGGUGACGGGGAGAAUGGGAACAGCUUCCUACUGGAUCAAGACUGCCGUAUCUGCAGCCGAGGCAGCGGGAAGACUGCCAGCUCCAGUAGCGGCUCGCGAUCCGUAUGGACUAGCGAUGCAAAGCUGCAUGCCCUGGACGCGGUGAACUCCGUCUCAACAAAAAGGGAAUUGGGACAGACGGACUCGGUCAAGCAAAACGGACCAUAAUGCGCAAGUGCGGCAGCAGCAUGGACCAGCUGAUCCAUUCCCGCCCCGGCCACUUUGUGGAUGUCUUUGGGUAGUGAUGAGAAUAUCUUUUGCCCAGGAUGGUUGGGCAGAAAUAGGCAGGAGGAUAGCGGCAAAAUGUGACAGAAAAAAAAUGAUGGCGGGCUAGAACGCGGCUUCAGCGGGCGAGGAUGUGCAAGCGGCUGGACUCAAACGCAAAAACCCCUCACGCUGGUGAGAUAGGAUCCUGGAAAUAGGCGUCAAGGUAUUGCGUCGAGACCCUGCACCAGAGAAACCAAGGAUAAUCCCGUGGAAAUGUCUGGAUUGCUUGGCUGGAACACAAGUCGCCGGGCCGAAGGGGACGGCAAAGUCCUGCACGGGCCCAGUGAGCUGGUUGGGCCAGGCAGGCAGAAGAGGGGAAGGAUUGCGGACGAAUGAGAAAAGGGCCUCAAAAAAAGGGCAGAAGGGAAAGGCAAGGGGAAGAGAGAGACGGGUGAAUGGGCAGAGUGUGUAGAAGCGAAUGGCGUAGCAUGAUGUGAAUGACCAGACGCAAGCCACGGAGGGACUCAAGUUGUACACAAGAGUCCUUUCUAUACGCUUUCUGCGCAUGUAACUGAAAUGAAAUAGACCAACAUACCUGAUGAUUCGACGCGAAUACCAAUGCUGACGGCGGUUUUUGGCAGGCUCGUCAUUGGCUGCGACUCGCCGGGUGUUGAUGGCCGUCGUGUUGAAGCGUCAUCCAGAUUGGUGCUUUGGUGAUUGGACUCAUUGGUGUUGUAGUGCUGGCUGUGU